AAAGCUAACCUGAUUAUGGAAAUGGAAGCCACGGACACACCCCAAGACCCCUCCGAUACCAACCCUGACGACGUCGUCUCCGGCGACUCCUCACCUGAUACCGACGCCACAAUCUCCGAGAACCUCGCUCACGAUUCCCGAGACUCACCGGAAAAUGCCUCCUCCGCUCCCCAAACGACGGUCGAAGCUCCCAUUUCCGACUCCCUCGACGAUUCCUCCGAUCCUGUUCCCGAAGACACCGCCGAUGAGCCACCGCAAAACCUCUCCAACCGACCCGAACGCGGCCCAACCGAACCGGGCCCUCCGGCGAGGAAACGACGCCGUAGAAAGAAGUUCUUCACCGAACUCAACGGAAGUCCGUCGCUGGCCAAGAUUCGCCGCGCCGACCUAGCCAAGGAGGUCGACAUCGAAGCCCUAAUCGCGGUUUCAGUGGGAUUUCCUGUCGACUCGCUCACCGAGGAGGAGAUCGAGGCCAACGUGGUCGCCACCGUUGGCGGGACCGAGCAGGCGAACUACAUAGUAGUGAGGAACCACAUUCUGGCGCGUUGGAGGUCGAACGUUUCCGCAUGGUUGACGCGCGACCACGCGCUCGAGUCCAUUCGGUCGGAGCACAAGGGCUUGGUCGACUCGGCUUACCGGUUCCUCCUCGAGCACGGCUACAUCAACUUCGGGCUCGGACCGGCCAUGAAAGAACCGAAAUUGAGGUCCUUCGACGGGGCCGAGAGGGGCAAUGUCGUAAUUGUCGGCGCCGGCUUGGCUGGUUUGAUUGCGGCGAGGCAAUUGGUGUUUCUAGGGUUUAAAGUCGUAGUCUUGGAAGGUAGGGCCAGACCUGGAGGUCGCGUAAAGACGAAGAAGAUGAGUGGCGAUGGUGCCGAGGCUGCAGCGGAUCUCGGUGGGAGCGUCCUCACCGGAAUAAAUGGCAAUCCGCUUGGAGUUCUAGCUAGGCAAUUGGGUUUGCCUCUUCAUAAGGUGAGGGAUAUUUGUCCGCUUUAUUUACCUGAUGGGAAAGCAGUAGACUCGGAAAUUGAUUCUAGAGUAGAGGUUUCUUUUAACAAGUUGCUAGAUAGAGUAUGUAAGCUUAGGCAGGCAAUGAUAGAGGAAGUUAAAUCCGUAGAUGUCCCAUUAGGAACUGCAUUGGAAGCUUUUCGGAGAGUUAAUGGCGUCGCGGAGGACCCACAAGAGCGGAUGCUCUUAGAUUGGCAUCUAGCUAACUUGGAAUAUGCAAAUGCCUCUCUAAUGUCGAAUUUAUCAAUGGCAUAUUGGGAUCAGGAUGAUCCGUACGAGAUGGGGGGUGAUCAUUGUUUCAUUCCCGGCGGCAAUGAGACCUUUAUCCGAGCCCUUGCAGAGGACCUUCCGAUUUUCUACAAAAGGACUGUGGAGAGCAUUAGGUAUGGAACCGAUGGGGUGUUGGUGUAUGCUGGUGGCCAGGAGUUUCGGGGUGACAUGGUUCUCUGCACGGUGCCAUUAGGAGUCUUGAAGAAGGGGUCUAUUGAGUUUGUCCCUGAGCUUCCGCAGCGAAAAAGAGAUGCCAUCCAGAGACUAGGCUUCGGGUUACUGAAUAAGGUUGCCAUUUUAUUUCCUUAUAACUUUUGGGGUGGAGAUAUUGAUACCUUCGGUCAUUUGUCUGAGGCUCCAAGCAUGAGAGGCGAGUUCUUUCUGUUCUAUAGCUAUUCCUCUGUAUCAGGAGGUGCGCUUCUAGUUGCUCUUGUGGCAGGAGAUGCUGCUGUUAGGUUCGAGCUGAUGUCCCCUGUGGAGUCCGUUAAAAGGGUGUUAGAGAUAUUGAGAGGUAUCUUUAAUCCCAAAGGGAUUGUUGUUCCAGACCCGAUUCAGGCUGUUUGCACUCGCUGGGGAAGGGAUAACUUUGCCUAUGGAUCAUAUUCCUAUGUCGCAGUAGGCUCUUCUGGGGACGAUUACGAUAUACUUGCAGAGAGUGUUGGGGAUGGGAGAUUGUUCUUUGCUGGAGAAGCGACUAACAAACAGUAUCCAGCAACAAUGCAUGGGGCAUUUCUCAGUGGAAUGAGAGAGGCUGCCAACAUAUUUAGAGAAGCCAAAAGGAGGUCCUUAAUUUCUCCUAACAAGUUAAAUGAUGUUAAUGAGGAAGUUGACAAUUUGAAUAAAUUGUUUGACGCGCCUGAUCUGACGUUUGGAAGCUUCUCUGUGUUAUUUGAUCCGGGGUCAAAUGAUCUCGAUUCGAAGUCCUUGUUGAGAGUGAAAUUUAGAGGGGGAAAGUUAGAACUCGCUUGUCUCUGUCUCUAUGCCUUGAUUUCAAGGAAGCAGGUUAUUGAGCUGAGCGGGGUUGGUGGGGACGAUGACAGGAUGAGAAUGUUGAAUCAUGAAUUUGGAGUGAGACUGGUUGGAAGAAAAGGCUUACUAUCCGAUGCCGUCGAAUCUCUAAUGACCCGCAUAAGGUUGGCUAGAUCCAACCCAAAUGGAGGCAAUCAAAUUCAAGUGAAAUGACGCUUGUUAGAAGGAAGCUUCUAAUUGUGGCAUCAUGAUUGGAUCUUAGAGGCUAACUCAAUUGCUUGUUAAUUUUUUUUUGACAUUUAUCUCAUUUGGAAAUCGAUUGACUUGUUGGAUUUGAUUCUGGCUGCUUCAUGAGGUACGUAAAUGGCAGCGAUUUGUUUCUUCUACGUGAAUGCGGCAUGGACUUGGCAAUAGGCUCUUUUAUGCAGUGUUCUCAGUCCAUAGUUACUCCGAGAGCUGCCAGAUAUCAGUUGAUCCUCCGUGGACCUAUCACCUCUUUUUUUUUUUUUUUUUUUGGUAAAAAUUUAUUAUUUUAGUCACAUUACAAAAUUUGUUAAUCCAUUUUUUGACAAGUGGUUUUAUCCCUUCGCUAUGGUAAGUUGGUGCCAUACAGAAGGGAUGCUUGUAGGGAUGUGCUUUGUUUGGAAAUGCAUUUGGCAACAUAUUCGGGCAGAAUUCGCUUUUAAAUUUGGCAAAUGAAUCUUUGAAUUUGUAAUUUUUGAAACAGUUGUAAGCAGAUUGCA